CUUAAUUUUUUGAGCAGUGUACACUACCGGUAUGUAUAACUUUUAUUUUCCUCCACUAGAGGGCAUUACUACGACGCUCCUCACACGGGCACACCACACACCAUUCAUAACUUUCUCUGUUGGCGAUGGGUAGGGGAGUCCUCCGAAGUCAUCCCUCCCUCUUCAGAGCAUCUCAGCAGACCCUCCAAUCCUCAUCAUCCUGCCUCCCAGUUCUCCCACAUAUUUGACUACCCCAAGAGUCACCAGCCGCACACUAGGCGCGUAAAAUCUGAGGUAUCUUUCUGGUUUGAGUGGCUUUAGGCAUAAAACGCAACAUACUUUUUAUGUGGUCUGACUUUCUUUAGACAUAUUGUUUACUCUUUAGCACUUCCACAUAAUUUUAGUAUUCAUCCCAAUCUGCAAGAAAUCCAAGAGUUUCUGAAGGUGAUGGCGUUAUUAAAAUAGCCCAGUGAUGGACCAAAAGUGAGCGAAUGGGAUACGUUCAUCAGGACGCGUUUCAGUAAUAGGUUCGAGGUGUAACAUUUUUCCAUGUUACAAACUGGUCACGGCGAAAUGGACACACCAAAGCAAAACGAGACUUUCGCGCUGUUUGGAUGUUUGUGGGAGCAAAACGAUAAGUCUCUGAACGGGUCUGCGAACGUCAGUGUGGAUGUCGGUGACAAUGCAACCACCUGUGGGGACGCUUCCUUGGCUCCCAAAGCAGCACAACCGCGUCAGAAAGAAAUGGACUCGGAAAUAGUGCGGGUCCUACUCUACAGCAUCAUCUUCCUGGUCAGCGUCUUCGGGAACCUGCUCAUCAUCGUGGUGCUCAUGGUCAACAAGCGCAUGCGCACCGUCACCAACUCCUUCCUGCUCUCGCUGGCGAUCAGCGAUCUCAUGAUGGCUGUUUUCUGCAUGCCCUUCACCUUGAUCCCCAACCUGCUGGAGGACUUCAUCUUCGGGGCGGCCAUGUGCAAGAUUGUCUCCUACCUCAUGGGAGUCUCUGUCAGCAUCUCCACCUUCAGCCUGGUCGCCAUAGCGAUAGAGCGUUACAGUGCCAUCUGCAACCCACUCAAGUCGCGCGCGUGGCAGACGCGCUCGCACGCCUACAAGGUGAUCGCCGCUACCUGGGCCAUCUCCUUCGUCAUCAUGACUCCAUACCCAAUCUUCAGCACUCUUAAGGACAGACAGAAGCCAGACAACACCACGGCACACAUGUGUCGCCACGAGUGGCCUAAGAGUGGAGUCGAGCAGACCUGGUACAUCCUCCUGCUCUCUGUGCUGUUCUUCAUCCCGGGAGUGGUCAUGUGCAUCGCGUACGGCUUAAUUUCCAGAGAGCUCUAUCGCGGCAUUCAGUUUGAGCUCGAGCAGAAGACAGGCCAAUGCGGCAUUACAAAUGGUGUGAAUGCCGCUGGUGCGACUGCCACCACAGGCAAUGACAACGGCGACGGCUGCUACAUCCAGGUGUCCAAGCGUCCCAACGCCAUGGAGAUGUCCACCCUGACGGCAGCGAAGGGCUCCACCAAUGCGGAGCGGCCGCGCAGUAACACGUCGGAGGCCAAACUACUGGCCAAGAAACGCGUCAUCCGCAUGCUGGUGGUCAUCGUGGCCCUGUUCUUCGUCUGCUGGAUGCCGCUGUACACUGUCAACACGUGGAAGGCGUUCGACAUGUACUCGGCACACCGCGCCCUCUCGGGGGCGCCCAUCUCCUUCAUCAAGCUGCUCUCGUACACUUCGGCCUGUGUCAACCCGGUCAUCUACUGCUUCAUGAACAAGCGCUUCCGCAAGGCACUGCUGACCACCUUCUCCUGCUGCUGCCGACCGUGCCGCAGGCGACGGGUGUGUAGGCGGGGAGGGGCCGGUGGGGGCACGGGGGCGCUCGGAGAGGAGGACGGCACAGCCAUGGGGGCGUCAAUGUCCAAGUUCACCUACACCACUGUCAGCAGCAUGGGGCCGUGCUGAACGACGACCACCACCAAGCACCCCGUCCUCUUACUACCGCAGACACACACACACACACACACAUACACACACACACACACACACACAUACACGGUCAUAGAUGAGGGGUGGAUGUGGUGCAUCGGUUGGAUAUGGUGUAUGUGAUGGGUGAUGGUGAAUAUAGCCGUAGGUUGUUUCUAGAGGUUGGACUGGGGAUGAAGUGUGGAGUUUGAUGGAGUUAUCAAAUGGCACUUGUGGCUGAGUAGUGAAUAUGCCUAUCUGUGGUGUACAUUAAUCUUAUUCCUUGUCCUGCUGUAUUUAUUUUUAUGUUUUUUGCAUUUAACAGGUACAAUAAUUGCCUUAAGCUUGGGGAAUGGAGCUUUAUUGGCAAACCAUGAUUGUUGUCUUUUACUUAGUCUUUUACUUUGCCAGUCAUGAAAUACAACUAACCCACAGUGGAGAACUGGUAAAGCAGUAUAGUACAAGAAUUAUGUCUUAUUUUGGCACUGUGAUACAUGGCUUCAAAUAGACUUACUGGUGAAUCAUUAGGUUACACUUUACGUCAUUUGGUGAAUAAUGUAGUAGCAUUUGAGAAAAAAAAAAUAUUGCUACUUGUAAUGUUUUGAUUGUUACGUGUCUUUGCGUUUGUGGUGAUGUACUGUAAUGUCUACUAUUUAAGCGCUGAAAGCAUUUCUGUGACGUGGACUACAAGUGCCUGCUCUGAACUCUUCUUUAGUCACUGAUCUGUGGUGUUUGGCUCUCGGAGUUGGUGGAAUGUACUGAUUGUCUGUGUCGAUGUCAGUAAGAAUUACAUGGCUUUACGUUCA